AUGACAUCAAUAUACACUAAUAGACCACACCUUUGCUGGAUCCUAGGCCUAGAGCCAACCCGAGAACCGCGAUGUGUUGGGUACGGCAUCUCGCAAGGCCGCCGCUGCAACACCGAAACCUCCCCACGAGACCGCGACAUCGCCCAAACCUUCCUCGAUAUGGCCACCACGCAAUUCCGCGCCGGACGGCAUGUUGACUACUUUUUCGAACUUAUCGCCCCGCACGUUUUGUGUAGGGAGCAUCAACAAAGUCUGGCACCUCUGGUUGUUGCUCGCUGGAAGAGGGAGAUCGCGGCGGUCGAGGCACUUGACAAUAACCCGAUACCGUUGCCAUAUGAGCAUACCUAUGAAACCGACCAUAGAUACAACAAUCAGGCAGAGUUGGAUGUCGAAUCUCGGCGCGGGCGAAUAUAUCAGAGGAUCCAGGACACAAUGCAAGAACUAAGAGAGCGGAUCCGCGAUAUCCAAUUAGGGAGGCUAUGUCCCGACCUUUCAUCAAUCGAAAUAUUUCCCCGUUCUCGUUCUCGCGGGAGGGACUCGGCCGCUGAGGACAGCUACACUCAGUACUGGGACUCUCAUUACGACUCUCCCUUCGAUUACUCCUACAGGCCGUAUAUUGACCCUACAUAUACGCUCGUUGAACCUUUCUCUGCCGAAUCCUCGCACACUGAACCCCCCGUCCCGGCUUCUAUUCCCGCGGCGCACCGCCAGCCUGUCGAGGGGGAUUGCAGUAUAUGCUUGUGCUCGCUGCUGGAGCCUGCCCCGAUUGAUUCCAGCUCUGUCUCUUGGCAAUGGAAUGCGACUGAUUCCGAGCCAUUGUCCGACCCGUAUAUUGACUGGUGUCGAGGAUGGGGAUGGUGGAAUUACUUCCCUGGCAGAGGCCAGGUUAAUGAAAGCGAGGGCGAAGAAAGAGGAUACUACAAUACCGAAACCAUGGCUCAAGAAACCCCCUCGACCAACAGCUAUCUCGCAAACCCAAACAUUCGCGUCACGGACUCACACAUCUACUUCGUCCGCGGUAUCCUCUCCAACUGGCAUCCCAGCCCCGAGCCCUUCACCGGGAAACGGGCGCUCGAGCUGUGUCUUGCCCAACUCGACACACUCGGAAUCCCACAUCCAGCCGAAGACGCGAUAUCCACGCGUCUCGUAGAGUCCUUCCCCUUCCGCCGCGGCGAGCAAUGGAUGAUGGCCAUGAAAGCCUGGCUGUUUGAGCGCGACUCAGUCCCGCUCGGCGAGUCAGUCAUUGACCAGAAUUCUCUGGACCAGCUACAAAGUGAGCUUCUCAACAUCAAGCCGCUUCCUCGAACCGCAGACGCGCAGCGAAGAGCACUCUGGGAAUCAUCGCUGUGUCGUAUCAUGCGCACGAAUUCGCCCAAGUCGCAGAAGAUGCUGGGGCGGAAAGUGCCGAACUUUAGAGAUGAUCUGUGGACGAAGGCGUCGGGGGCAAUUGUGGUUGCGGGGUGCGUAGCGCGGGCCGAGGUCGAUGAUGAAUUAAAGGGUUUAUAUCUGGCGAGUGGACGGAGAGUGUUUGUUGAAGGGAGUCGCCGUGAUCGCGUUUGGGGUGUUGGUUUGGAUUGGAAGAGUGAAGAGAUUCUAGACAAGACCAAUUGGCGGGGCUCGAAUCGGCUGGGAGGGGCUCAUGAUGACGCGGCAAGGAUGGUGAGGGCAAAGAAGACGAGCCCAUCAGAGGAGUAG